AAGAUCGACUCCAUGUUGACCGGAAGGCUGGGUAAAUUUUACUGUAUAUAUACCUACAGAAAGGGAGACUGAUUAUAAAGAUUUUCAGGUGAGCGAUCCCUAAAAGCCACCUCAGAGAUCUUGUUAACUACAAUGGUGUUUUCCUGGAGAGGAGGCCCAGGAGCCUCGCGACUGCUGCUGUCUCUUCUGCUCCUUGCAGCUGGGGAAUCCGGGAGCUGCCAGGUCCACUACUCGGUCCCGGAGGAGGCCAAACACGGCACCUUCGUGGGCCGCAUCGCCCAGGAUUUGGGGCUGGAGCUGGCGGAGCUGGUGCCACGCCUGUUCCGGGUGGCGUCCAAAGGCCGCCGGGACCUUUUGGAGGUAAAUCUGCAGAAUGGCAUUUUGUUUGUGAAUUCUCGGAUCGACCGAGAAGAGCUGUGCGGGCGGAGCGCGGAGUGCAGCAUCCACCUGGAGGUGAUCGUGGACAGGCCGCUGCAGGUUUUCCACGUGGAGGUGGAGGUGAAGGACAUUAACGAUAACCCACCAGUGUUCAGAGAAGAAGAACAAAAGGUACUGAUUUCUGAAUCUGCGCCGCUGGAUUCUCAUUUUCCUCUAGAGGGCGCUUCCGAUGCGGAUAUAGGCGUCAACUCUCUUCUGACCUAUAGGUUAGGUCUAAAUGAGUAUUUUACUCUUAAAAUAAUAACGAAAAACGAUAAAAGUAAAUUGCCUGAACUAGUUUUACGGAAGUCAUUGGAUAGAGAGGAAACUCCAGAACUUAAUAUAUUGCUGACCUCCCAGGAUGGCGGUAAACCCGAGCUAACAGGAUCUGUUCAGAUUAAAAUAAGCAUUCUGGAUGUGAAUGACAACGCUCCGGAGUUUGAUAAGCCUGGCUAUAAAGUAGUGCUGUUUGAAAAUGUCCCAAACGGUACAAGAGUGAUACAGCUAAACGCUUCUGAUCUAGACGAAGGGGUGAAUAGAGAAAUUUCCUAUGGAAUCAGACUGAUUUUGCCAGUGAGUGAGAAAUGCAUGUUUUCAAUAAAUCCAGAAACAGGUGAAAUCAGAAUUUACGGGAAAUUGGAUUUUGAAGAGAAUAUUGAGUAUGAAAUUCAGGUUAACGCCAUUGAUAAAGGGAUUCCUUCCAUGGCAGGUCACUGUACAGUCCUAGUCGAAGUUCUGGAUCUGAAUGACAAUACCCCUGAGGUAAUGAUCACUUCGCUGUCGCUACCCGUGAGAGAGGAUGCUCAGGUGGGCACUGUCAUCGCCCUGAUCAGCGUGUCCGACCGUGACUCCGGCGCCAACGGGCAGGUGACCUGCUCACUAACACCCCAUGUCCCCUUCAAGCUGGUGUCCACUUUCAAGAACUACUAUUCGCUGGUGCUGGACAGCGCCCUGGACCGAGAG